AUGGCCAAUAUUCCCAAAUAUUAUCUCUUCCUCCUCUACUUGUUUUCUGCAGCAUUACUCAUACAAGGUACAAAAGGGUCCAGAAUUCAAAUGACAUUUCCUUAUAAUCAGAGAGCCUACCAUAUUUCAUCAUCAGGAGAAUUGAACUUGAAGGAUUUACAUUCAAGAAGAUUAUUGAUCGGAUCAGUGGCGCCAACUUGCACGUAUAAUGAAUGCAAAGGAUGCAAGUACAAGUGCAGAGCCGAGCAAGUUCCUGUCGAAGGGAACGACCCAAUGAACAGCCCAUACCACUACAGAUGCGUGUGCCAUAGGUGA